AUGUCGUCAGAGUGGCGGCGCCGGACGGCGCAGGGGCCGCAUGACAGCCCCACGCCGUCCCCGCCUUCUCUGCGCAUCGUCUCGCCGGGCCUGGAUCUCUCCAUGCACUGCGAGACUUGCGUCGCCGUGAUUCCCAUCGGGGGAACAACCGACGAGGAAUUCGCCAAGUACUUCAAACUCAUCAGCCAGCACGGCAUCGUCCCGCUGUCAUCUUGCCGGUCGUUCUACCACGAGGAGUCCAAGUCCCCGUUCACCGCGCUCCGCUGGGACGUCGGCCACGUGCGGUACCGCUUCCUCCGCGGGCCUAUCGCCCGCGAAACAUCCAUCUGGCGCGACCUGCACGCGCACCAGCGCGUGUGGGCCGUCCUGGGAAUCGUGCACUGUCCGUCCUGCCCAGGCGGGCUCGAGGCCGCGCUGGAGCGCUUCGAGGCCAUCGUCGGGACCUUCGGCGGCUCCUGCGUCAGCCGCCUGUACGCCUUCGAGCCGGGGGAGUCGGAACUUGACGCCAAGUAUAACACCGACACCCUCAUCGUGUUCCCCCCGGGGCAGCUCGCCGACACCCCCGUGUCCGCGCGCAGCGGCGACAGCGUCCCGCCCAGCCCGAUCCAGGUGCGGCGCGACGGUGGGCUGCAGCACCACCUGGCGACGAUGAUGUGGGACCUCACGGCGCGCGUCGUGAUGGAGCUCGAGGCCUGGGUCCUCACGCUCUCGCCCGCGAUGUUUCCGCUGCCGUGUUCGCUCGACCACAGACUGACUCAGGACGACACCCCCAGCGCGCGGUCGCGGGCCGAGGGGGACUUCGAGACGCGCAGGAGGCUCGGCCGCAUGCGGAAGCACAUCGGCGACUGCUGCCUGCUCGCGGGGGCGCCGAGGAACGCACUCGAGCAUUACUCGAGUGCCAUUGAUCUUGCGCGCUCGACUGGGGACGGCGCGUGGGUGGCCGGGGUGCUCGAGGGCACCGCUGCCGCGAAGGUCGCGGUCGCGCUCGAACCCGUCGUGCACGACGCGAUCUCGCGCGGCGCCGGCGCGCCCGGCGCGGCGCGCUGGCCGCUGGCACUCCCCCCGGAGGUGUUCCGCGGAGUCAGGACCGACCUGAUGGUGCUGCUCCCGCAGGCCAAGGUGAACUUCCGGCGCAAGGGCGCGUGGUGGCGCUCGACGGAGCUCGACGUGAUGCUCGCGAACUUCGUCGCCGCCGCCGAGACACCCCCCGGGGGACACUCGGAAAUGGUGGGCAAGGACCUGACGCUAGGCAUGGAGGAGGUGGCCGCCGAGACGACCUUCCUGACCCCCCUGGACCGCGCGAUCCUGCUCAUGGAAUGCGCGGGCGCGCUCGCGCGGUGCGGGCUCGUGCGGAAGGCCCGGCUCGCGGUGAGCAUGGCCGCUGGGGUGGCGCCGGCGGGCGGUCCCUUGCACCUGGCGCUGCGGCGGCACCUCGCCAUGGGUACGCCCGUGGCGUCGCCGUGGAUGCGGCUCGUGGCGCUGCCGGGCACGAAUCCGGAGGCGUGCCGUUCGAUUUCGCGGCGGGUCCACGGCCACGUCGAUGAGAUGGGGGUGAUGGGGGGGGUUCCGGGGCGCUGA